AUGGGCAAGGAAAAAGUCCACAUUUCGCUGGUCGUGAUCGGCCACGUCGACGCCGGCAAGUCGACGACCACGGGCCACUUGAUCUACAAGUGCGGUGGCAUUGACAAGCGUACGAUUGAAAAGUUCGAGAAGGAAGCUGCUGAGCUGGGCAAGACGUCGUUCAAGUACGCGUGGGUGCUGGACAACCUGAAGGCCGAGCGUGAACGUGGUAUCACGAUUGACAUUGCGCUGUGGAAGUUCGAGUCGCCCAAGUUCUUCUUCACGGUCAUUGACGCCCCUGGUCACCGUGACUUUAUUAAGAACAUGAUUACGGGCACGUCCCAGGCUGAUUGCGCCAUCUUGGUGGUGGCUUCGGGUGUGGGUGAGUUUGAAGCUGGUAUCUCGAAGGAGGGUCAGACGCGCGAGCACGCACUGCUGGCCUUUACGCUUGGCGUGAAGCAGAUGGUGGUGGCUAUCAACAAGAUGGACGACUCGUCUGUCAUGUACGGCCAGGCCCGUUACGAGGAGAUCAAGUCGGAAGUGACGACGUACUUGAAGAAGGUUGGCUACAAACCUGCCAAGAUUCCGUUCGUGCCUAUUUCUGGAUGGGAGGGCGACAACAUGAUUGAGCGCUCGCCCAACAUGGCGUGGUACAAGGGCCCAUACCUUCUUGAGGCGCUUGACAACCUGAACCCGCCCAAGCGUCCAUCGGACAAGCCGCUUCGUCUGCCUCUCCAGGACGUCUACAAGAUUGGCGGUAUUGGCACGGUACCAGUGGGACGUGUGGAGACUGGUGUCAUCAAGCCUGGCAUGGUCGCUACGUUUGGCCCUGUGGGUCUGUCGACGGAAGUCAAGUCUGUCGAGAUGCACCACGAAUCUCUGCCGGAAGCUCUUCCUGGUGACAACGUUGGUUUCAACGUGAAGAACGUGUCGGUGAAGGAACUGCGUCGUGGUUUCGUUGCUUCGGACUCGAAGAACGACCCUGCUAAGGGAACCCAGGACUUUACCGCCCAGGUGAUCGUGCUGAACCACCCUGGUCAGAUUGGCAACGGUUACUCGCCGGUGCUUGACUGCCACACGGCCCACGUUGCAUGCAAGUUCAAAGAGAUCACGGAGAAGAUGGACCGUCGUUCGGGCAAGGUGCUCGAGACGGCCCCCAAGUUUGUCAAGUCUGGCGAUGCGUGCAUGGUCAUCCUUGAGCCCUCGAAGCCCAUGACUGUUGAGUCGUUUGCCGAGUACCCUCCUCUGGGUCGUUUCGCUGUGCGUGACAUGCGUCAGACGGUUGCUGUGGGUGUCAUCAAGUCGGUGAACAAGAAGGAGGCUUCGGCCAAGGGUGGUGCCAAGAAGAAAUAA